AUGAGAACUAAGAAGGUUGCUAUCAUCGGAGCGGGACCUUCCGGUCUUGUCACUGCAAAGACACUCCUACACAAUUUUCCACAUGGCACAUUCUCGCCCGUUAUAUUUGACACGCGUCAUGAAAUCGGUGGUCUUUGGCCAUGUCAUUCAACUGGCACACAAAGGCCACCUGGCGAUGUAUCUGGGAAGUUAGAUCCACAUAUGCCAACGAAUCUUAGCAGAUUCACGGUGGCUUUCUCUGAUCUUUCUUGGGAAUCAGUAUUUGAAUCCUCUAAUAUUCCCAUGUUCCCACAGGCCAGACAGGUGGGACUUUACCUUGAAGCAUAUAGGAAACGCUACAUUCCAGAGGCUUCAAUAAAGCUUGGACAUCGGGUUUUAAAGACUGUGCGCACUGUUGGUCCUGGCUCUGAGACUGGAUGGGAAGUGUCGUGGGUGACAUCAAAGUCCUCGGACAACGAUAGCAGAGAGUGUGAGCAGGAAGGAGUUCAUCAAGAUCAAGUGCAAGUCGAAAGGUUCGACUUGCUGGUUGUUGCAUCUGGAUACUUUGCUCGUCCAUACAUCCCCAAAAUUCCAGGAUUAGAGCAGCUCGCUGGUCGAGUCUUCCACAGCUCCGAGCUACAAAAAAGCAAGGGCAUACUUCGAGAUGAUGAUAAACUCUUAGCCACUGGAAAUAUCGCUAUCAUCGGAGGCAGCAUGUCAGGAGUUGAGGCCGUAUCUGCUAUUGCGCUUCAUCAAUCCUCGCAUCUACAUGAUGAAAACACUUACCAGGAUAAAAAAGAGCACAAAGUUCAUCAUAUUCACUCCCGUCCCUUUUGGACAUUACCAACUUAUCUCCCUCAUGAAACUUCGACGGAUCAACUCUCUUUCAUGCCAUUGGACUUGGCGAUGUACGACUUGAGUCGCCGACCGCCAGGUCCAAUAGACUACUCCCUGGGACUUGUCUCGGAGGAAAAGGCCACUAAAACCAAUGAGUACUUUGCUUCUCUACUGGGUCCCGAAUACGAAAAAUUGGGACAUGUUCACGAUCCCACUGCCAAAGAAAAGACAGCUUCUUGGCCUCCAUGGGUUGCGAUUGGAAAUGACUAUGCUGAGUUUGUCCGAUCUGGAGCCAUUCAAGCUACAAUGGGACGAGCUGUGUCUGUAAAAUAUAACACCCAAACGGAACUAGCCACCAUUACUAUUAACACUGCGAGUGGACGGAAGAAAUUCUUGAAGAAUAUUGCCGCUGUUGUGAUGGCUACAGGAUACACGCCUUUUGACGCACUGUCCUUUUUACCCGAGGAUGUUUUGUCUACUCUGGAAUACAGCACCGAAGAUCCAUUCCUACCUCUUGUCUUGGACAAAGGGGGUACAAUUCGCUCCGAGAUCCCGGACCUUGGAUUCGUUGGUCUUUAUCGCGGUCCAUACUGGGGAGUCAUGGAGAUGCAGGCGAGGUUCCUUGGCAACGAGUGGGCUGGAGAAGAUCAAGAAACUCUGGGAACGGAGGAUCAGAGAGCGGGCGUACGACUUCUCAGGCAUUCCGACUCAAAUACCCGUCGUAGUCAAUUCCCGAUGGGAGACUAUGUAGGUCUGAUGGAGGCAUUUGCUAGAGAUCUGGAAAUUGAGCGCACAAGUCUAUCGAAUGAUGGCAGUCGAUCUGGACCGGUUAUUCCUGCUCGCUAUACCUAUAAUCAAGGAUCUUCCCCCGUGGAUACCUUGAAUCCUACUUCGGAUACACAGCUUACCUUGGACGCGUUAACGAGUAUAUCUGAUGAAGACCAUCAAGCUCGGGAAAUAGCUACAGCAGUCGCUGUUUUUAGAGCUCUCCACGGAACUUGGACAUCUUGGCAGACGGACCCAGUCUCUGGCAAAGAAGAAAAGUUUGAAGCUGUUAGCUUCUCUCCACGGUACUCAUCCGAGAGGUUUGAUAUGGAAUACGUUUGUCAUGGGAAGCGGCGUCCAGGUGGUCUUGCUAGUACCUCUAUUUUCCGGUUAUUGGAAGCAACUGCCAGUGGGACUGCAAAUAUUGAAAUCUGGCCAGGUGAGACAAGCCCCAAUGAAAAAACUACCACAGAUAUCCGGACCUUACGACUUUCGCCUCUCUAUCCCAAAAGAGUGGAUGGGACAUAUGUUCCUGGAGAAUACAUCGUAUAUGGCCAGAUGUAUUCUACCACGAAAGUUCUCCCCCGCACUGGUCCUGAUCAUUCUCUGCCAGUGGAUGACGACGGCUCUCCUAAACCUUAUAACUAUAUCUUCCACUUUAGCGGAGUCUCGAUCGUGUCUUGGGAGUUUUAUUAUGCAGGCUACAUUUGUGUGAAAAGCCAGGAAGAGACAGGGCAGUCCUUGCCACACCGAAUCAUUUAUCGGAGAUGA